CUUCCGCCUUGUGAGGAAACAUGCACAUUCAUCAUGUGUUUUGUUUGGUUUUCUCUCUUUUCCAACCAGUUUUCACUGAUGAAGAUUACUAUCAGGUCAGUGCAUGUUGUUCAUACAAGGGGCCGCACUUUGAAGAUAUAGAGUAUACAAUUAUAUUUAGAUUUAAUAAACAUAAAAUGAUGGAGUACAACAGCACAAGAGGCAACUGGACUGGAUUCACACCUUAUUCAAUAGCAACUUCAAGAUAUUGGAACAGUGAUCCAUACGAUGCACUUGAAAGAAGACUUCAAAAGGAAUUGUUGUGUCAUGACAAUGCAAACUUUAUCCAAAGCCUUGGAAAUCUCUCAACAACCCCCACUGUCAACAUUAAGUUAGUGAAGCAGCCCAGCGGUGGACACCCAGCCAUGCUUGUAUGCAGCGCCUAUAACUUCUACCCAAAGCAAGUCAGGAUGACGUGGUUGCGAAAUAAGCAAGAAGUAAUAACAGGAGUUGGUUACUCUGAUGUGAUGGCUGAUGGCGAUCUUUAUUACCAGAUGCAUGUAUAUCUGGAGUACACUCCAACUUCAGGAGAAAACAUCACCUGCAUGGUUGAACACUUCAGUCUUUCUGAACCAAAAAUUGUGGUCUGGGAUAACUCCCUCCCUGCUGAAGCACAAAUCCAAAUUACUAUCGGACUGUGUGGACUCAUCUUUGGUUUAAUUAUUCUGAGCUCUGGAUUGAUUUACUAUAAGAAAAAAUCUGCUGCAUACAUUACAUUCUGCCGAGCAACACAAACAUAGAUUCCUGUGGAACACACCCCUACAGCUGGAGCAACGAAGCAGCUUUAAAAAAACAACAUUAUUAUGUAAUUAUGUAUUAUGUAAUUUACUGAGGGAAAAAUACGGACGUUUUAUAGGGUUUCCAUUGAGUAAACUUUUGAACACUGAAGGUAAUGAUGGUAUUUUAUUGUGAAGGAAAAUUUAAAAAAAAUAAUUAUUUUAUUUUUUUUUCAUGUUCUUAAUUAAGUUUCAUUCUGUUCUUCUACUGGUUUUACUAAGUAAUUUUUUUUUCAUGGUGUCAGCCUGAGCCAGAGAUAAGCCGGACACAAAUGCAGGUAAGAGUUUAGAGUAUUUAUUAACGCCGCUAACACAGAAAUGACCGUGUGGGUCAAAAGAGACACAAGGAAUACAACACAAUGUAAUAGUCUGUGCAGGGAGUAGAAGUGGGCAGACAACCAGGUGCAGUAACUGAUGAUGAUAGAGAACAGGUGUGAUCCAAGAUGGCUGAAACUGGUGACUAGUACUCGGGAGAGGUGGAGCGCACCCGAGAGGAAGGAGCAGGCAUGACACAUGGGGGAUUUAGUUCUCACAUAUAUAUGUAUAUAUAAACAGCGAAACAAAGUCAUGUCUUGACAACAGAAAAAAUAAAACUUUAAAUUUGACUAAAUGAUCAUAAAGCUCCUAUUUUUAUUUCUGUCUCUGAAACAGAUUUUGCUGCAAAUAUAGUUUGACAGUUAUUGACAAGUUAACAGUUAGUUCAAUUUUCAGUUAUAAAUUACAAAGCCUGAAUGCUUUGUAGUCAUUGCCACCAAGAGGGUGGACUCAUCUUCACCUGUACUGGUGCAACAAAGCAAAAUGUCAAAUUAAGCCACAUCUUUCAGUGUAAAAAUUAAUGUCUCUAAAUCCUAAAAUACCCCAGUUUCUAGAGACCAUCUUAUGGAGACAAAACACUCCCAAAGGCUGCCUUUAAAAAAAAAUGAAAAAGGAUAGAAUAGAAACAUUGUUUAAAAAGCCUUAAGUCUUUUUUAAUCUUGCAUUAAGGAAUAUUUUGGGAAUUUGCAGAGGAUUGAGCCACAAUCCAUCUCAGACAAACUAAGGCUAUGACCACAUACUAGACCUGUACAGUGUACUGAUUUAGCCAAUAUGUAGCGCACAGCAUACAGGAUGCAAUUUACAGAGGUUCAGUUGUUUGGUUAUUCAGGAAGAGAUUUAGACUGGUAUGCCAAAGACACAAUGCAGGGCUGCUAACUUUUCAAUAAUCCUUGGAGUGAGAUUUGGGGGAAACAUCCAAAGUUUUGUUGCAUACACGGUAACAAGACAAGACUCAUUUUGUACAGGUUUAAUCACAAGGUAUAGCACUCAGGAGUAACAAAAUAUAAAAAAAAAGGUAGAGAGGUCUUCAAAAUACCAACAGAAACUUCAAAAUAAAACUGAAAUAAACUGAUAUACAAAAAAUAAGGGAUAAUAAGACAAGACAGAGGAAACUUCACAUUAAUAAAAAUUUCUCAAGACCUGUGUGCCUUGUUGGACUGGCUUUUGGCCAUUUUUGGGACCUUAAUUAUCAGCUGAUCCAGGUGGUGAGAAAGUAUGAAAAUUAAUACAGCAAAGGACAAAUAAAAUAAGAAUAUCUUAACCUGCUUAUAGUAGAACAUACAAUAGAAUAAAACCAGAAUAAUACCAGUGUUCCUGAGAUAACGUUGUUAAAACCUGCUACAGAUGAUUGAUUGUAAACUUAAACCUUAUCUGGACGUGAUGAUGGGCAUAAUGCUGCUGUCUGAAACUGAGGACCAUGUGGUUCAUGUUAGUCUUUGCCAAUGCUGAUGUUACAAUGUUAAAGUGGUGCUGAAAGGUUCAGUAUAUAUGAUUUUUAUGCAAUAAGCAUUUUACUAGGAUACACCAACAAACACGAGUCAUGUUUUGAAUUGUCCCUCCUGUCUUACUGUAAACUUAUUCUACUCUGUAUCUUAAAAGAUGCAGGCUGUACAGCUUUCUGAUUCAUCCAUCCUUCCAUUUUCUAUACCACUUAGUCCAGUUCAGGGUUGAGGGGAAGCAGGCAAGAAGCAGGUACGCCUGGACAGGUCGCUAGUCCAUCCCAGGGCUACUUUCUGAUUCAUGUUACUCCUUUAUUUUUAAUGCACUCAAUGAAUUAAUUCAGUAAUAGUUAUAAAACAGCCUUUCCCCCUUUUCCAGGUUAGAUAUUUUAUAAGGUAUUAAAUCUGACUGUUUAAUUUUAUUCAUUUAAAAAAUUAUGGUAGAUUAUUUGUUAUCAACAUUACAGACUUCAGGGUCUGGUGCAUUCAGUCUAUCAGAUAACACAAUGUCAGGAGCCUAUUCACAAUCCUGGAAUUACAAGGAGUCCAUUGAUAACAAAAAUCUCAUGAUUCAUCAGUGACUAAAAUAUGUAUAGAAAAUGGAAAGAUUUUUUAUUGCGAGUCGGAAACAACAGAAUUUCUGAUAGUAAUCAAUUUGUUGUCCCCAAAGGAAUCCUAACAUGUUGCCUUGACAACUGCUGCUGAUAUCAGCUCAAACUUUGUUUUAGUUCUGGUGUUGCUUACCUCUCUUCUCUAAAAAAUUAAUAAGAAGCUGCCCCUCACUUCAGUUUUUGUUUUCUCUCUCCCUUUUCUGGCAUCCAAUCUUCACUUUCUUUGGGAAAUACGUGACUUUCAAAGGACCCCAACCUGCAGUGGCCCAACUCCACUGCAUUUAGGGACAACACAGAUCAGAAAGUCAUCACAGUUGUUACUGUUAAUCAUUUGACACUGAGUCGUCGUGGUAAAAACUGUUCAGCUUUGUGUCGACAUUUUAUCCCUUUCCCAGUCAGAGAGCAGGUACAACACAAAACAUGACUCAGUGACAUUUACAGUACUGGAGGAUAAAUUUCAACAUAAUUUUUUUGAACAUUUGUUGGAGCACAUUUUUAAUCACUUAUAAUAAUAUAUUUCUGUAAAUAUAAAUAAAUGUGAGUAAAGUCUGUCUAUAUGCUUUUGAUUAUGCUGGACUUUUAAAGUUUUGAACAAAACAUGAAGCCUCAGUUUUAAGAUUGCAGAGGGGUUGUACAAUUUUGGUUAAAGAGUUAUUUAAAUAAUAGGUUUCAAUAUGUACAAGUGAAUCACACUAAAUAAUUUUUAAGCCAUGGAUGGAUAAAAGUUUAAUAAGUUUUUACGUUGAAUUAUUUUGUGGUGUUCUACAAGGAUCUGUAUUGGGAUCAAAGUUAUUUUUACUUUACAUAAAUGACAUCUGUAAUGUAUCUAAAAUAUUAAAAUGCACAAUGUUUGAAGAUAAUACAAAUUUAUUUUGUUCAGGAUAUGACAUAAUACAACUGUUAAAGUCGAAAGGUAGUAAAACACGGUUUAAUUUGAAUAAGCUAUCACUUAACGAAACAAGACUAAAUUCAUGGUUUUUAGAGGUGGUAUUGCUCACAUGACAUUAAGUUGUACUUAAAUUGAGUUGAAAUUGAACAAGUUUACAAAACAAAUUUUUUGGGAGUAAUUAUUGAUCACAAACUAUGCUGGAAGCCACAUAUAGAUUACGUCAAAUGAAAAAAAUCCAAAGCUACUGUAAUACAUACCUAGCAUGUCAUAUUGUGUUGAAUUAUGGGGAAACACAUAUAAAACAAAUUUAGAACCAGUUAUAAAACUUCAGAAAAAAAUUAUUAGGAUAAUAAAUAAAACAGGCUAUUAUGAAGCAACUAAUAAACUUUUUAUGCGUUGUAACGUCUUAAUAUUUGGGGAUAUUGUAUUUUCAAAAAUGAUGGAUUGUCUUUCGAGUACUGAAUAAUAGAGUUCCAGGUUGCUUUAAAUAAUGUUUUACACUAAGAGAAGGACAUAUUAAUUUAAGAGGACUAUUUAUGUUUUAGAUUUGUAAUGUAAGGACAACUGUGAAAAAAAGAUGUGUCUCAUUUUUGGGGUCAAGUCAUAGAACAGAUUAAGUCCUGAGCUGAAAUUGUCUAACUCUCUGAUUUUGUUUAAAAUGAGUUUAAAAUUUAAAAUAAUCAUUAAUUACAUGAUGAUUGUGUAAAAAAAUGAUUUGUGGAUGACUACAAACUGUGUUUAUUUAAAGAAAUAAUUUAAGUUUAAAAGUAAUAUGUUGCAGGGCCAUUGCUGAUUAACAUUUAAUUCACUGGGGGAAGAUACUAGGAUAGGCAUACAUAAGCUAUGAGUUUCAGCCUAGUUCUUUUUUGGUUUUUGAAUAGUAUGUAAUUGAUGUGGUAACAUUUGAUUGUGUACACCUAACCAAAAAAUA